AUGAACUUCGAUCACAGUGUCCUUGUUAGCACAAAACAUGCUACCACCUCGUGCGAUCCUAAUCCCUGUCGGAACGGAGGCACGUGUAAAUUGCUGGGAGGAUCUCUUAGUUGUGAAUGUCCACUUCAAGGCGGAUAUUGUAAAAACUCGGACCAAUGCUGUAAGUGGCAAGCCUCUGUGGAGUGUGGAUGUCCUCCUCAAUGGACAGGUCAUUACUGUGAUCAGCUAUUUCUACCACCCUGCCGCUUCAAUCCCUGUCAAAAUGCAGGAAAUUGUUACCUUUCCAAAUUUAAGGUUCUGAAAAAUGUUCGUGCCCUUUCCCAUUUCAUGGCAAUCAUUGUGAACAUCAUUAUGAUGAUUGGAGCCUUAAAAAGAAAACAUAAGUUCCGUGGACUGAAAGGGCCAAUGCAUAUAUUAAUAUUCGGAAGUUGA